AUGGUGCUGUUCGUAGCACUGAUCAUCCCGUUGCCAUUCACCGUCAAGCGAAAGAUGUUCAAUUUUAUAUCGGAAAGUCCACUGGUCGCCAAAUUACAAUAUGGAAUGAAGAUCACCUUCAUAUUCAUCCUCAUCCUUUUCCUCGAUAGCGUCAACCGAGUCUACCGGGUGCAGGUCGAAAUGUCCGCUCUGAUGAAGGACACUUCUGGCGCGGGACGAGCAGCCGCAAUGGGCUCGGACCGUAUGGAGGUCCAGGCUCGCAAGUUCUACUCUCAACGCAACAUGUACCUGACUGGAUUCACCCUCUUCCUGUCUCUCAUCCUCAACCGUACCUACGGGAUGAUCCUUGAUGUCCUUCGCCUUGAAGAAAAGGUCAAGCUGUAUGAGGGAGACCCGCAAGCCGGUGGCAAGGAAGGCGAGAAAUUGGGCAAACAUUACCGUGCCGAUCAGAUCGGAGAACUCAAGAAGCAACUCGAAAAGAAAGACAAGGCGUUGGAGGCCAUGAAGAGCCAGGCAGAGGGACUGCAGAGAGAGUAUGAUGAAUUGAGCGUCAAGUACAACCAGACGAACCCUAGCACGGGCGACAAGAAGAGCAACUAG